AUGUCUCAUUCAAAUAUAAAUUUAAAUGACAAUAAACCCCGUUUAGAUAAAAUGUAUUCACAGUCAUUUGCAAACGAAAGUAAAUCCUUAAAUUCAACACCAACAAAAAGUUCCUUUAAGAUGACGGGUCAACGUUUGGCCCACAAACAUUUACCCUCAUUUUUCGGUACAAAUUUAUGUACAACCACAUCAACAUCGAGUGAUACGUGCAAAAUCAAUAUGUCACCCAUACGAGCGAAAUCAGUGGUGGAAAAGAAAUCCUCAUCAUUUGAAGCGACGCGUAAUAAUAUAUUUUGUCGUCGUUAUAAAAGUAGUUACUUUAGAACAACUGUCACAACUUCAGCCACAGCAGCAACAUCUAAUGGCAGCAGUGAUAUUAGUAAAAAUUGCACGACAGCCACCUCACCUUCGAGACGACAUCAACAGGAGUAUUAUAAUGUACAAAAACACAAGAAUGCUUUGGCAUUCAAUGAAUUGGAAAUUAGGUCUGUGGAAGCUAAAAGUGUCAGUACUUCAUCAUCAUCAACAUCAAGAAUAGUAGUAGCAGCUACCAACAGAACAGUUGCAACAGAAGGGCCAACAAAAUGUGCUCUUGGUGUUGUUGGCACAAAACAAGCUGUUGAUUUAUUGCAACAAAAACGUCAACAAUUUAGUGCAAAACCAAAGGUAUUUUUCAAAUUUGCUCUACCAGAUGAGUUCAUACCAUCAAGAAGUCUAAAGUUUUUACAACAAGUUACAACGACGGCGUCUACAACGACUACGACAACAACAACAACCACUACAAGUGGCAAACGCAAGAUGUUGUGUUUCAAUUUAAAAUUGGCCACCAUUUUUCGAUCGUAUCGUGAUGAAAGUGUACGUGACCGUAGUCAAAGUUUGUGUGCCCCCUCCACCACAACACGGGCACCGCUGCACAAAGACAUUGGUGCGUUAAGGGUGCUGCAACGUCGUGCAUCGAGCGUUAUCAGCUCAUCUGCCACAGAAUUAAUAUCAAGACGUGGAGUGUUUUCCCGGCAUCAUUAUGGUUCAGUUGAUCAGUUGCCACAAUCUGAAUUGGAUGGCAUUGAUCCGAACUUUAAACGUUUUCGUGUGGAAAAUGGUGAAUCGUUGGCGGAAAAGGAUGAGGUAUUUGGUUCACCUAGUGCUCCCAUAUUGGAAAAUCCAGAACAUCAAACACGUUGGUAUUUUAAGUAUUUCUUGGGUAAAUUGCAUCAAAACUAUGUUGGCAUUGAUGCUGAAAAAAGUCCAUAUUUCUUAUCCGUGGUUUCACAGGAUUCCGGCAACCAAGGAGCACCCAUGUAUCGAGCCAUACUAUUUCGCAAACAGGGCACCCAGAAGAUUGCAUUACCUUAUCAAGCCAAUCAAAAACUUACAGUUAAACAAAUCCUAACACACUUCACUGGCAUCGAUGCUUCAACGAUGAAGAAUCCUAAAGAAAUAUUUGCAGCUGACAUACAAAAGGAUCUAUUGCUGUUGGAGGAGCAGGAGGGUUCGGUUAAUUUUAAAUUUGGCGUUGUGUAUAUGAAACCAGGCCAAUGUUGUGAUGAUGAGAUGUUGAGUAAUCAGGAAGCGAGCCAAGACUUUGAGGAUUUCUUAGAUGUUUUGGGAGAACGUGUGCGUCUUAAAGGUUGGGAUCGUUUUCGUGGUGGUUUGGAUGUAAAAGGUGAUAUGACUGGCAAAUAUUCUGUGUAUACUUUAUAUGAGGGUCAUGAAAUUAUGUUUCAUGUUUCAACACUUUUGCCCUUUUCUAAGGAUAAUCGACAACAGGUGGAGCGUAAACGUCACAUUGGAAACGAUAUAGUAAAUAUUGUUUUCAUCGACCAAAGUCUAUCUGCCAAUGUUGAUACAGUAUUGCCAACAAUGUUUGAUCCCACAUGGAUAAAAAGCCAAUUUACACAUAUUUUUGCUGUGGUAACAAAAACUGAACAAACCUAUCGUUUGGCCAUAUUUUGUGAUGAAAAUGUGCCACCAUUUGGUCCAACAUUACCAAACCCACCAGAAUUUACAGAUGUUAAUUUGUUUCGUGAAUUUUUACUGGUAAAAUUAAUUAAUGCUGAAAAGGCAACAUUCCAAACACCAAUAUUCUCACAAAAACGUGAGCGCACCCUUGAAAUGUUGAUAAAGGAUUUACAUGAGGACUAUAUUGGUGAUAGUAAAUUGAACAUGCUAAAUAGACGCGCUUUCUCUGAAGUACUGUAUGACGUGCCAAGAACAUCUAAACUUAAGGAGGACGCAAGACAAAUUGAAUUCGUACGUAUAGGCCAAGCACUUAAAUUGGAGGCCAUUGUACGAGGUGAUGCCCCCACUAGCAUUGCAUCAGCCAGCCCUUGUACAAUAUUCAAAAAACCCCCCUGGGAGCCACAUUGUUUCUAUCCGACAUUUCCACAUCGUGGCUCAUUGGCAGGUGAUUCGUUCGGUACCAAUGAUGAGUGUUUAUUUAUAGCCACCGAUGAUGGUACAUUUUUGAUGAAAGAGGAUCAAUCUUUACAGUUGGUUUUCGAUAAAACGUUGCACGUGCGACAGCUGAGUGUUUUAGAGGAACAUGGUUUAGUUUUAAUACGUGGUGGUUCUGCUACAAAUCGUGAUGCCCAUCGAGUUCAUGUUUUCCGUCUGAGAGAAUUUCAUGGUCGAUUUACAGAGGAAACAUUGAAAUGUCGUUCACGUUCAGAGGUCAAAGAUCGUCGCAUUGAGAAGACCAGGGGUUGUAAUCUAUACUCCUCUUCACACAUAAGUGGAGGCCACUUGAGAUUGGUUGUUGCCGUUGGCCGUAAGUUACAGUUAUUCCAGUGGAAACAUACAGCCGCCUGGGCUUCUUGGUGUCCGGAAAAUGAUACGGAGACUGUGGAAGGUUUUAUAUUUCAAAAAGAGAUUACUUUAAGUGAUACACCCACGAUUGUUACGCCUCUCGAGGGACCCACGAAUACCAAGAAUGGUGGCUUAAUAUGUGUGGGUUAUAAGUACCAUUAUGAAAUUGUCUGUGAUCAAAGUGGAGUAGCCACCCGUUUACAUGAAGUUGAAGCGGCCAAACGAAAUCAAACCCAACUAACGGCUGCUGUAGAGCUGUGUGAUGGUUUGGAAACUGAAUUGCUGUUGUGUUAUAAUCAUACUUGCCAUUUCCAGAAGCUCAACGAUCGCGAAGAAUCUCGCAAUGAAUUUGAUUUUCAUUGGAAUACUUCACCAACAUCUGUGGUCUGUGCUUUCCCUUAUAUACUGGGUUUCACCUCCGAUUCAAUGGAAAUACGUUUGCUGGUAAAUGGCAAUCUAGUACACACAGCCAUUAUGCCAGAACUUCAAUUAAUCACCUCUAAACGUGACAUUUUCUUUGUAACAACAGCACCAGAAUUUAUGUCAAAAGAUCUCAAUAUCAAGGGCUUACAUAUAAAUGAACAAACUCCGGAAAGAAGGCUAGUAACAACACCAAGCGAAUGUUCGUCCAAUGAAGAAUUAGCACGUGAUACCAGUGAUAUACUAAGUUCAACGAGUGUCAAAGAUUUGCCUUUAAAUCCGGAACAUGAAAUGAAUAAUUUACUUGAGAUACCUAAUGCAAUAGGUGCUCAGGUUCCAUCAAUACAAAGAGCCAGAUCUCUGCAAAAGACAAGUAAUUUAGAGGAGAAACCUUUAAUAGCCAAGAGUAAUUCUUGCGGAGACUCCUAUCAUUCUGAGAAUAAAUUUAAUGCUUUACGUGGUAACUCUAUAAUAGAUCCUCAAUAUGCAGGUGUGCCUCCCAACUCUCCGCGUAAUUCUAACAACAACAACAAUACAACAAAAGCCACAAAUCAACAACAACAACAUUCGCCCAUGUCACCCACAAAACGUAACUCCAAAUAUCGCAGUCUUUUCUCCAAUGGCAGUCAAGGUUCUGAUAACUACUCCUCCUCACCAGAUCGUUUGAAACCAUUAAGGGUUUAUCGCAUACCAUUGGCCAAACUGGCGGGAGCCCACUCCCAUUUUCACAUGCAAUCCUUUAAUGCCACGGCAGCGAAAACGCAAAACUUCUUACGUGAGCAAUAUGCAUUAAAUAUGAAAUGCCGACAAAAAUCCGUUGAUGUACAAUUGCCAUUGGCGGCUGCCAAUGAUAUGCCAGAAUGACAAAUGGUGCAGGAGUCAAGUGAUAAAUUGCAAACUCACAUACCGCCGACUUUGGAAUUUAUGGAGAAACGAAAGUCCAUAGAUCUAUAUGACUAUGAUGACAAUAAAUUCAAUGAAGAGGAUGAAAGACGUUUUGAAAUGUUAAUGUUACAACGUUAAUAUGUUUAGGAGACCGCAGGAUGUUGUAACUGGCAGCAAUACAAACAAAAAACAAAGAUUUUUAUUUUGAUACCAAAUAAUAGCAAUUGCUUAAAAGAUACAUAAAUAUUUGUUAGACGGUUUCAAAUCUAAACAACUACAAUUGUAUGCAAUUCAAAGUGCAUACAUAAAUACUAAAAUUGUAAAAACAUUAUUUUUUAAACAAGAAAAAUCAUGUGUGAAAAAAGUCAUUCAAUUAAUUAAUAUUGAAUUGGUAUUAAUGAUUUUGUGAGAACUUAAAAGAAACCAC